GUUUGUUACAGAUUCACUUCAAAGAGAGACAAAGAACCUAAAAAAGGGUUUCAUACAAGAGACCCAACACUUUUAAUUUAACCAAGUCUUUCAAUAUUAAGGUCAAAUUUCUUGGUUAGCUCAAAGCAAUGGCCCUCAUAUCCAUGCCCUCAUGUAGAAGGAGGCAUGUCUUUCAGUUACUCUACUUGCUUUGCAUAUCUUCUUUCGGACAUUUAUAUCAUAACUGCAAACAUCUGUGUCUUUGUUUUACAGCCGUGGCAGUAGUAGCAGACACAGAUGAACCAUGAGCGUGCUGGAACCUUUAGUUUUGGCUUCUGUGAUAGUUUGUUUUUUGCCUUUGAUUUCAACAUCGGUUGUUCAAGAUUUUAAUCACAUAGAGAGAUGUAAGGACUCCCUGUAUAUGGGGACCCCACCGAGGGGGAUCAUUGGCACCAGACUGAAGAAGAUCUGCCAACGUUACGCGGACAGACCUCGAUUCGUGACUCUGUACGACCCCCAGAAGAGGAUUCCGGUUUACUCAGCUUACACCUUUAAGAAAACAGAGGGGGACAGACGUGUGGACUACCCUUGGAUGUAUGAACCACAGCUGGCUGAAAUUGAUGGUAAUGGAAACAUGCUGCCCUUCCCUACUGGUUACCUGCACAUGAAGUUUGAGGACAGCCAGGCAGUCCUGGACGACUACUCUGAUGUGGUUCUGUAUGAGAGAGGCCACCUAAACCCAGACCAGCAUCAGUCCACCCCACACGACCGAGCAGCCACCUACACCCUGACCAACGUUGUCCCAGAGAUACGAGAGUUCAAUAUCGGGCCCUGGCGUGAGUACGAAGAGCGAAUUCGGGUCCGUCUCAACAACUUCUGCCGCGGCACAGCCUUCAUUGUCACCGGAGUGACCACCAGAGGCAACACGAUCCGUCGUAACAACCAGGACCGCGUGGCCAUCCCUGAAGAUGUGUGGUCCGCUUACUGCUGCACCGACUAUGACCGGAACUCACCACACGACGUUCGAAUCCGCUUCCCGUCCCACGCAGCGCUGGGGAAAAACGCCAAAGAGGGCAACAGCGUUCAUGAGAUGCCAGUCCAGGAGCUUGAGAUCUUCCUGAAAAAUAACAUGGAUGUCGACCAGAACCUUCAGAUCUUCUACGACAACUGUAUCUCUCCCUCACCCCUUCCACUUUACCUCCAACAUACCAUCUGAAAUUUAGAGAACACAUUCUGUGUGCAUCUUUUCUCAUUACUUUGUGAUUUAAUAGAUGAUAGUAGAAAUGUGUGCUAUUGGUUAGAGUAACAAUAAUAAACAAAGCACUGUUCUAAUUCUCUGUAAUGCUAAUUUCCUUUGCAACUCAAGACAUUAAUUCUAAGUUGUGAUUUUACAAACUAGCUCUUUCAGCUCUUUCUUUGAGGGGGGAUUUAUUUCAUUAUUGCUCCUCUAACAAAAAAUAAAUGCAUGACACAUUUUACCACAGUCUUGUUUUUCCAGCAGGAGGGAAAGUUACACUGUAAUGUAAGUGUGAGUUGAUGCAAAUAAGCUAAAUAAAAAACAUGUAUUGGUCACUAC